UGGUGAGCCCUGCGCUAACGCUUCUGCUCUCUCCUCCUCCUCCUCCUCUCUCUCUCUCUCUCUCUCUCUCUCUCUCUGUUUCGUCAUUUCCCUGAUUGCCCUUCCCAUUUCCGUCCUUCCCCAACAGCACUGCGUCUCCAUAACUAUCAGCUAUUACGCUUCUCUAUCGAGAAAAAAGUGAGAUUUGUGCGUGUGUGUGGGUGGGUGAUUUCUGUAGGGUAGACAGCAGAGGCACUGAAGGGGAGGGGAUCGGGUCGGAGCUGCUACUUUGAAGUCGAUGGCUUGGAGGCGCCUGCUUGCACAGGUUUCAAGACAUCAGUUGGAGUUAAGUCGGUCGAGGAGUUUGCUACUUGGAAAUCAAUUUCCAUUAGCUAGAUUUGGAGUUGAAGAGCACAAGCUUGGAAGAGCACCGAGGAGGUUCCAGUCAAGUUAUGUUGGUAAUUUAGCACGCAGAGUACGUGAUGUCGCUGAAGCAACUGAAGCUGCCUACCUGAAAGAACUUUACCAUAGGAAUGAUCCCGAAGCUGUCAUAAGGCACUUUGAAAGUCAACCAUCCUUACACUCCAAUCCUUCUGCAGUUGCGGAAUAUGUCAAAGCAUUAGUGAAAGUUGACCGGCUUGAUGAAAAUGAACUAGUGAAGACUUUGCAGAGAGGAAUAGCUAGCUCUGGGGAAGAAACAUCCUUCUCACCAUUCAAAAAUGUGGCAAGAUCUACGAAAGAUGGUAUUCUUGGGACUGCCAGUGCCCCGAUUCACAUGGUUACUGCAGAAGGAGGACACUCUUUUAAGGACCAACUUUGGCGUACAAUUCGCACUGUAGCAUUGGGCUUUCUCUUAAUUUCUGGUGUUGGGGCCCUUAUUGAGGACAGAGGAAUCGGUAAAGGACUUGGUCUUCAUGAAGAGGUCCAACCAAGUAUGGAAUCCAACACAAAGUUCAGCGACGUAAAGGGUGUUGAUGAAGCAAAAGCCGAAUUAGAAGAAAUUGUGCAUUAUCUUCGAGAUCCUAAGAGGUUCACUCGUUUGGGUGGCAAGCUACCCAAAGGUGUUUUGCUCAUGGGACCACCUGGGACUGGUAAGACUAUGUUAGCAAGAGCUAUUGCUGGGGAAGCCGGGGUUCCUUUUUUCUCAUGCAGUGGCAGCGAGUUCGAGGAGAUGUUCGUUGGUGUAGGAGCUCGAAGAGUGAGAGACCUCUUUUCAGCUGCAAAGAAGAGAUCACCUUGUAUAAUCUUCAUAGAUGAAAUUGAUGCCAUUGGUGGGAGUCGCAACCCCAAGGACCAGCAGUACAUGAAGAUGACUUUGAACCAGCUGCUGGUUGAGUUGGAUGGUUUUAAACAGAAUGAAGGGAUUAUUGUGAUUGCUGCGACCAACUUCCCAGAGUCGUUGGAUAAGGCACUGGUGAGACCUGGGAGGUUUGACCGACACAUUGUUGUCCCUAAUCCAGAUGUUGAGGGACGGAGACAGAUUAUGGAGGCACAUAUGUCAAAGGUUCUGAAGGCAGAUGAUGUCGAUCUGAUGAUAAUAGCUCGAGGGACACCUGGGUUCUCUGGUGCUGACCUUGCAAAUCUGAUAAACAUUGCCGCCCUGAAGGCAGCCAUGGAUGGGGCGAAAGCGGUGAGCAUGGCUGACCUGGAGUAUGCAAAGGACAAGAUCAUGAUGGGGAGUGAGCGGAAAUCUGCUGUCAUCUCCGAGGAGUCGCGGCGGAUCACAGCAUACCACGAGGGUGGCCAUGCCCUGGUGGCUAUUUAUACUGAUGGGGCUCUCCCCGUCCACAAGGCCACAAUUGUGCCCCGUGGCAUGUCCCUCGGGAUGGUUGCCCAACUGCCGGAAAAGGAUGAGACAAGCGUUACGAGGAGGCAGAUGCUUGCUCGCCUUAAUGUUUGCAUGGGCGGUCGGGUUGCCGAGGAGCUGAUCUUUGGUGAUAACGAGGUCACUUCCGGGGCAUCCUCGGACCUCAAGCAGGCAACGAACCUUGCGAUGUAUAUGGUCACGAAGUAUGGGAUGAGCAAUGAGGUUGGGCUUGCGACCCACAACUAUGAUGACAAUGGGAAGAGCAUGAGCAGUGAGACAAGGUUACUCAUUGAGAAGGAGGUGAAGCGGUACUUAGAGAGGGCUUACAAUAAUGCUAAGACCAUCCUUACGACCCACAGCAAGGAGCUUCAUGCCCUGGCCAAUGCUUUGCUCGAGCAUGAGACCCUCUCGGGGGCCCAGAUCAAGGCCCUUCUUGCUCAGGUGAAUUCACAGCAGGCACAGCAGCAGCAGCAGCAGCAGGAGAUUGUGUCCUUGCAGUCCAAAGCAGUGCCUCCCUCAACACCAAGCUCUGCGGCAUCUGCUGCCGCUGCUGCUGCAGCUGCGGCUGCAGCAGCCGCCACUGCAGCAGCCAAAGGAAAGGAGAUUGCUCCAGUGGGGUCAUAGCUUGGAUAAGAGGUUGGUAUGGUUUUAGAUUCUAUGAUACUGGUAGAUAGACUGAUGAUUGUUCCCUGCGAAAUGGUCAUGCACAUAGUAAGUUUUACAAUUUAGUUCUCUAUUCGGUCUUCCCCGAGUCACCAGAAAAGGAAGUGGGGGCAAAUGUUAAAAAUUUGGCGGCUGAAUGGUAUUUCUAGGGGAUUCUAACUUGCCAAGCGUAGCUAUGUUUUUUUAGCAGAUUGAAAGUAUCCUACUGCCAUAUAUUUCUUAUCACACAUGGUAUGGUUGGCAUGGCCCUAGUUCGUUUUGUCUUGUCCAGGCGUCGUCAUAUCCUUACUGGUGGCCCAGUACGUUGAGGAUUUUAUGAAUGGUCGAGUUGUCAGAAUGAUUUGAGUUAUCAGAAUGAUUUGAGUUUCCGGGAUUUUAUGAAUGGUCGAGUUGAGGAUUUCUUCCAUUUUCAGCUAUCAGAAUGUUGGUUUUGGUGCUAGUUUUAGUAUCCAUUUGGGUUCCAUAAUAAGAUGAGACUUGGAACUUGGUGGGACCAAUUUAGACGGACCUUCAUCGAAUUCCUUGAUGAUGGCAUAGUAUUACCAACCAACCUUGAUGAAAACAACGGUGGUUACAGACUCUUUCAGCAGAGAUGUGCUAAACCUGUGCCGACUUUCGAUGAAAAUUCUGGGGAAGCGUCCGGUGUCUGAUGUCAUAUGUAUGUCACUUUCAUUCACUUUUUCUCUGCUCAUGAAGGCAGAGUCAUUUGAUUUGUUGGAUGUCGAUGUAUAUAUACACACACAUGAUAUGACGGAAA